AGACCGUAAAGAUAAGGUAUCUUACAAUGCUGCUGCCAGUUAUGGGUGGGUGUGGUCUAAGACUGUCAUUAUAUGUAUAGUUCCUUGUCUCGCCAUUGUCAAACAUACAUACAUUCAUUCACUUGCAUUUAUUUGAAAUACGAUUGCCAUGGAGAAUAUUGAUGAAGUUUCAGCAGUACCAAGAGAACUUGAAGAAGCAUUGAAGAACAAUAGCUUGACCACAGCUGCAGGCAAGAUUCAAGAUUAUUUGAAGGAGAUUAAUAAUGUGGAGCUGAAUAUUGCUGUCACAGGAGAGUCAGGCUCCGGUAAAUCUACCUUUGUCAAUGCAUUCAGAGGCAUGAAGAAUAAUGAAGAAGGAGCUGCUCUAACUGGUGUGGUGGAAACCACCAUGGAGGCAAAGGCUUAUCCCCACCCAAAAUACCCACAUUUGAAAGUUUGGGAUCUCCCUGGUAUUGGCACCGCUAACUUCAAACCAGAAGAGUACCUUCAGAAAGUUGAAUUCGAUCGCUUUGAUUUCUUCAUCAUAGUCUCAUCAGAGCGAUUCAGAGCCAAUGACAUUACUCUGGCCAAGGAGAUCCAGAAGAUGAAGAAGAAGUUCUACUUUGUUCGCUCCAAGAUAGACAACGACAUGAGGGCUGAGGGGAGAAAAGAGAAGUUUGACCAGGAUAAGACACUGGAAACAAUCAGACAAUACUGCAUCAAAGGGCUUGAGGAUCAGGGUCUGGGCUCUCCUAAGGUCUUUCUCAUCUCCAGUUUUGACCUUGGUCACUACGAUUUCAAUGACUUUGAGGAGACAAUAGAGAAAGAGCUUCCUGACCACAAGAGGCAUGUACUACUGUUGUCCAUCCCUAAUAUAACCUUGAAAAUCAACCAGAGGAAGAAGGAGGCUUUCAAAGCCAACAUAUGGAGACUAGCUUUUGUAUCUGGCGUUGUGGCAGCAAUACCUAUCCCAGGCCUUUCCUUUGCUGUAGAUGUAAGCAUCUUGGUAAUUGAGAUCAAGAAGUACUAUAAUGCUUUUGGUCUUGAUGAUAAGUCCCUGCAGAGCCUAGCUAACAGAAUGAAUGUGCCAGUGGAGGAGCUGAAAGCAGUCCUCAAGUCACCUCUGAACAAAGAAAUAAACAAAGAUGUGGUUGUCAAGUUGCUUCAAAGUGCAGUUCUCGCAGGGGUAACGGUGGUUGAGUACCUGUUCAGUAACAUUCCUAUUGUCGGCAGCUUGGCUGCCGCAGGGAUUUCCUUUGGUACAACCGAGUACAUGUUGAGGAAGUGUCUGAAUGAGCUGGCUGAUGAUGCACACAAUGUUCUGAUGAAGGCACUGGUCAAUGAGUGAGAUAAUGUUCAAUAUUGAAUUGCAAGCUAGAUCUGUGUUUGCGUUCUUUCUUGAAUACUGUCUUCAAACAAGGAAAUGCUGAUAAGUAGAUAAUUAAAUUAUGCUGCUUGAAAAUAAAUGUUCAAAUGUAAUUGAUCAAUGGGACAGUAAGGUCACAAUAGUUUUAAUAUAGGUUAGCACAAUAUAACCUUACUGCAUUAGAUGGGAAAUUCAUAUUGGGAUCUACAGCUUUUUACUCAUAGUAAAUUUACUCUGAAAAUAUAUAUUCACAGAAAAUACACCUGCUUUUACAAUUUAACUCCAGUAUAAUCUAAUCCUAGCCUUUUGAGAACCAAAUUGGAUGUGCUUUGAAACAAUUGCAUGAUAUUUGAACAUGACUCCCUCUAGAAAGUGGAUUUGAAAAUAAUCCUAGUUUAGAAUGAACCAGUGUUAAUUGUCUAUAUAUAAAUUGUGGUUUCACCCAACAUUACUCAUUCAGUACAUAUGUUCUACAUGAGAACAAAUUAUUGACCAGUCUCCUGUGUUCUCUUCUGAAUCACAUUAAUCUUUAUCUAAAACCGUCACUCUUUACUUUCCCAUAUUAACUAGUGCAAUAUUGCAGUUCAUGAGCAGACCACCAGAUGGUAGCAUUUAGCAGUUUGUGUUGGUCAUUCAAGGCAGUAGAUGGUAAUGAAAGGAAAACCUAGUCAGUUGUACAACUGAAAUGUGUCUUCCGCAUUUAGCCCAACCCCUCUGAAUCAGUAGAUGUAAACUCUAAAUAAAAACACAAGGUUAAGUAAUGCACAUGACAUAUUAUAGAUCUGUGGACUCUAAAUAGAGGGUUUUACAACAUGAGCCUUACAAAAAUUGCUCAUGUUUUUAUUUGACUAGGCAAGUCAGUUAAGAACAGAUUCUUAUUUUCAAUGACGGCCUAGGAACAGUGGGUUAACUGCCUGUUCAGGGGGAGAACAACAGAUUUGUACCUUGUCAGCUCGGGGAUUCGAACUUGCAACCUUUCGGUUACUAGUACAACGCUCUAACCACUAGGCUACCCUGCCGCCCCAUGUGCCUGACUGAACAAAGUUUCUGAUACAACCAUUUAACUGACCACAGAUUCACAUUGUGUUGAAAACCAGCUACUAUAAUUAGAUGGUGCUCAUACAGUAGAUAAGAGGUUGUUGGUAUGGGUUUUAUAGGACGUUUCUCUGCUGUCUAUGGUUGAGCCAUGUGUAUAAUGUAGUUGUUGAUGAAUACUCUGACAUCAUAUCAGCAGCGCUUUGGCCUGGAUGCAGAUUCCUUACAGCAGUUAGCGGCACUUACAGAACCUUAUCAAGUACAAAAACAGCUCUCGAUCUAUAACAUCCCACUCAAUGAACAAUAGUUACACUUACUAGAUGAUGUCACUCCACUGUUUAAUUAUUACCCUUCAGUCCUUUUCGGGUUGGUUUUAUUAUCUAUUUACUUUUCAAAACUUAAACCCUGCAUAUUAAUAAAUGACAUUGAAGGCGUUUGUCUCUCCAAAGGUAGAUUUGACUAGACGAUCAUAUUCACUUCUCCUGCUGUAAACCUGUAGGUGCUUUACGAGAGGGUACACUCCCACUGGAAAGAAGCUGUCAGAGCUCAAAGUGCACGGUAUGCUAAGUAAGACAACGUGUCCCAAUGCUUGGCACUGUGGGAAUGUCUUCACUACUACCUACUGACCUCCGCACUUAACAGCCUGAGUCAGGGCGUAGCACUUGAGACACCUGUCACUGAGUAGACCGAUGGUCAGUCAUUUAAAAUGUUUUACCACUCACUAAAAAUACAUGCAAAAGGGUUGAUCUGACAUCUGUUUUUUUAUAUUUUGCGUAAUGAAAUAAAUGCAGAGUGACAUUUACUGCUUUCGUGGUUACUUAUUUACACCAGUCAAUUAAAUAAUUGUUAUUAUGAUGUAUUCUGUACUUUUAGUGAAGGCAAUGUGUGUGAUUUCAUUGUUAUGACUUUCUCUUUACAUUGAUCAAAAAUAAAUGUUCAAUGUUCAACACCA